AUUUCCAUAGCAACACGCGGGUCAAGCAGAUCGUCGCCGCGCUCUUGACUCGUCGUCGCUGGCGGCAUACCAAUCAAGAUGCAUUUUCGUCGCCUCCUUGAGUCAGUUCUCUUACUCGCUGCACUCGCUGCUACAGCUCUUGCUCAACCUACAGUAUUAGAAGUCCUCCAUAGUAUUGACGACCAGCCAUUUACACCUCGAGGCAGCCUCGUGUAUGAUCCCACCUCCCCCAAACGGACUGCAAAUAAAUACGAAUCAGAGGUACCAAUUCCUGAUUUCUUGAAGGGAAGAGACACGUCGGAUAGAUCGCUAUUGUAUCGGGUUCGAGUGAAGGGUAACAAUGGUGUAGAUCUCAGUGCAGCAGUUCCAGUGUGCUUGUUGCAAGCGUCGGAAUAUCGAGAGCAGCUUACCCUACAUUUGGACUCAAAUGGGGGCCCAUGGCACAUGGACUAUCUUGUAGACGCAACAGACUGCGACACGAGUAGAAAGUUGGGUCGGUCCCCCAGAACACAAGUGCUGCUCGAGAGAGCGGUAGAUGGACCGAGGCCAAAACUCGACCAGAUAGUUGAAUCUACGCCGGAUGGCAAACCAGCCAAGGAACAAUCAUUUUUGGCCAAAUACUGGUACUAUAUUGUCCCCAUUAUGAUCAUCCUCAUGAUGGGAGGCGGAGGAGAAGAACCACCACAGGGCGGGGCACCGGCACGACGUUGAGGCAAUAUGAUUAAUACGCUUUCUUUGAGCGAUGACUUAUUGCAAAUCAGAACGAUCAUCAGGUCACAAUGGCUUAUCGAAAGCAAUGAUGAUGACAGGCCCACAAAUAUGCGAAAAUAUACAGGAAUGAUAUUUGAUCAAAGAAAUAAAUUGAUUAAACAAAAUGAUAUCGAAAUUUCAGUUGCCCG